AUGGCAAGAGCCAUAAGCCUUUCUGAAUGGCUGUUAACUCAAGGUUUUUUAGUAAAAGAAAGUAUAACGGAAUAUACUGAUUGCGGCAGUCUACCAGGCAUUUGUCGAAUAAAUAUAAGUCUAAAGGAACCAUUUCACGGUGAUGUAUAUUUCUAUUACGCAUUGGACAGGUAUUAUCAAAAUCAUCGUCUUUACGUUAAAAGCCGCAGUGAUAAACAAUUACUUGGAAAUCUACAGGAAGUUUCUGAGUGCGAGCCGUAUGAUAGAACGAAUACUUCUCACGGAGAGGUUGUUAUUGCACCUUGUGGAGCAAUUGCAAAUUCGAUGUUUAACGAUACCUUUACGCUUUAUUUUACUGGCAGAAAUGAUCGUAUUCUUGUGCCUUGGACUUAUGAAGGUGUCGCAUGGGAAGUCGAUAAAAAAUACAAGUUCAGAAAUCCUCCUGGGGAAAAUUUACGAGAAGCUUUUAAGAAUACCGCGAAACCGCCAAAUUGGCAGAAGAACAUAUGGGAGUUGGACCCAGAACAUCCUGAUAAUAACGGGUUUUUGAAUACGGAUUUUAUAGUCUGGAUGCGCACCGCUGCACUACCUAGUUUUCGAAAACUUUAUCGCAAGCUCAGUCGUACUUCUGGAUUUUUUUUUGAUGGUUUACCUUCUGGGAAUUAUGAAUUGGAAAUUGUAAAUAAUUACGAAGUUUCUGUCUUUGGCGGAAAAAAAUAUUUUGUGAUUAGUACAACAACUUGGAUCGGAGGGAAGAAUCCAUUUUUGGGCAUUAUGUAUGUUGGUGUAGGAAUCUUUCUUUUUGGAGCAACGCGUUGUUAUUGUAAGGAUCCCAAAAGAAUAAUGAGAAGAUAA